UAUCACGGCUACAGCAGCCAGUGUUGGGGCUGCUGGCAUCCCCCAGGCAGGUCUGGUCACCAUGGUCAUUGUGCUCACCUCGGUCGGCCUGCCCACUGAAGACAUCACGCUCAUCAUAGCUGUGGACUGGUUCCUUGACCGACUUCGCACGAUGACCAAUGUGCUGGGGGACUCUAUCGGAGCAGCUGUCAUUGAGCAUUUGUCUCAGCGGGAGCUGGAGCUGCAGGAGGCUGAGCUCACCCUCCCCAGCCUGGGGAAGCCCUACAAGUCGCUCAUGGCGCAAGAGAAGGGGGCGUCCAGGGGACGAGGAGGCAACGAGAGUGCCAUGUGAGGGCCCCCAGCUCUGCCGUCCAGAGGGAAGCAAAGGGGCCCGGGGAGGUGUUCCUGGGGAAGACCCACUUCCUGAGUGACUGUGCAAUGAACACACAUCUUUCCAGCGUGUUUGGGGAAAAAUGACAUAAAGGAGCAGGACUGAAAAAUGUCUAAGGUGUUUGUUUCUCUCUGAGCAUAUGCUGAGAAUUUGUGGGAGGGCUGUGAGCAAGGCAGGGGAGGAAAUGUUUUCCCUGGGAUUGGGGGUAAGGGAAGCUUCAGGUUCAACAAGGUGAGGGAUCAGCUCACGUUCCUCAAUUUCUCAAGGACUGGU